AGAAGGGAAGCGGCGGGCGCCCGUGCCGGACUGUGGGGCUGGUGGGGAAGGGUGACCACAGAGACCCAAAGGACCCGCGGUGGUGACUUUUCCUCAACGCAGCUCGGCCAGAAGUCGCUGUUCCGGGUUCAGACAUUGGACCACCAUGGCCACCCUGCGGUCGUCGUCCUCCCAGUCCCAUAGCUCCUCCUCCCCGAGCAGUGGGUCCUCCCCGCUGCGCAGAGCUGUGGGGACUGGGCCGAGGAGCAUGUCUGCGUCUUCUAGUUCGUCUGUCGCUGUGCCCUGCGAUGACAGGGACUCGGACCAGACAUCGGAGGGGGAUAGUGAAUCUUUGUCAGCUGGUGAAGGCAGUGACUUCGAAGACAACUUGAGACGAAAUGUAAAGAAGAGAGCAGCAAAACGACCACUCAAAACAACCCCAGUGGCAAAACGUCCAAAGAAGGGGUCCCAAAUGGUACGUGCUCAUGGUCAGAAAGAGUCAGAGCCACCAGCCAGUGAUCUCUUUGAGGCUGUGAAAGCUGCCAAAAGUGACAUGCAGUCUUUGGUAGAUGAGUGGCUGGAUAGCUACAAGCAAGACCAGGAUGCAGGAUUCCUGGAGCUCAUUAACUUUUUCAUCCGAUCAUGUGGAUGUAAAGGCACUGUGACCCCUGAGAUGUUCAAGAAGAUGUCCAACUCGGAGAUCAUCCAGCAGCUAACAGAACAGUUUAAUGAGGACUCAGGAGACUAUCCUCUGAUAGCUCCAGGCCCAUCCUGGAAGAAGUUCCAGGGCAGCUUCUGUGAAUUUGUGAGGACGUUGGUCUAUCGGUGCCAGUAUAGCCUCCUCUAUGAUGGCUUCCCUAUGGACAACCUCAUCUCUCUGCUCACUGGCCUCUCAGACUCCCAAGUCCGUGCCUUCCGUCACACUAGCACCCUGGCUGCCAUGAAGCUGAUGACCUCCUUGGUAAGAGUUGCCUUCCAACUGAGUCUGCACAAGGACAACAAUCAACGUCAGUACGAGACUGAACGAAACAAGGGGCCAGGACAGAGAGCACCUGAGCGACUGGAGAGCCUGUUGGAGAAACGCAAAGAGCUCAGAGAGCAUCAAGAGGAGAUUGAGGGAAUGAUGAAUGCCCUCUUCAGGGGUGUCUUUGUACAUCGGUACAGGGAUGUCCUUCCUGAGAUCCGUGCUAUCUGCAUUGAGGAGAUUGGGUCUUGGAUACAAAGCUACAGUACCUCUUUCCUCACUGACAGCUAUUUAAAAUAUAUUGGCUGGACCCUGCAUGAUAAGCAUCGAGAAGUCCGUCUGAAGUGCUUGAAGGCUCUAAAAGGGCUGUAUGGCAACCGAGACUGGACUGCACGCCUGGAGCUCUUUACCAGCCGCUUUAAGGACCGGUUGGUUUCCAUGGUCAUGGACCGAGAGUAUGACGUGGCAGUGGAGGCCGUCAGGUUACUAACACUUAUUCUUAAGAACAUGGAAGGGAUGCUGACAGAGGCAGACUGUGAGAGCAUCUACCCUGUUGUGUAUGCCUCUAACAGAGCCCUGGCCUCUGCUGUGGGGGAGUUUCUGUACUGGAAGCUUUUCUGCCCUGAGUGUGAGACAAGAACGGUGGGUGAGAGAGAGCGACGCCGAAGUCCACGCUCCCAGAGGACUUUCUUCCACCUUCUGCUGUCCUUUUUUGUGGAGAGUGAGCUCCAUUACCACGCUGCAUACUUAGUAGACAGCCUGUGGGACUGUGCGGGGCCUCAGCUGAAGGACUGGGAGAGUCUGACAAGCCUGCUGCUGGAGAAGGACCAGAACCUGGGCGACGUACAGGAGAGCACACUGACAGAAAUCCUUGUGUCCAGUGUCCGGCAAGCUUCCGAGGGUCACCCGCCUGUGGGGCGGGUCACGGGGAGGAAGGGCUUAACACCCAAAGAACGUAAGAUCCAAGCCGACGACAAGGUGAAGCUGACUGAGCACCUCAUCCCCCUGCUUCCCCAGCUCCUGGCCAAGUUCUCAGCUGAUGCAGAGAAGGUUGCUCCCCUGCUGCAGCUUCUCAACUACUUUGACCUCAACAUCUACUGCACCAGGCGCUUGGAGAAACACCUGGAGCUGCUCCUGCAGCAGCUCCAGGAGGUGGUGGUGAAGCACGCAGAACCAGCGGUGCUUGAGGCUGGUGCUCAUGCCCUCUAUCUGCUGUGUAAUCCGGAGUUCACGUUCUUCAGCCGGGUGGACUUUGCCCGCAGCCAACUUGUGGAUCUGCUGACUGACCGCUUCCAGCAGGAGCUUGAAGAGCUGCUGCAGUGUUCCUUCCUAGAUGAGGAUGAGGUGUACAGUCUGGCAGCCACCCUGAAGCGCCUCUCUGCCUUCUACAAUGCCCAUGACCUAACUCGCUGGGAGCUCUAUGAGCCCUGCUACCGACUCCUCCGGAAGGCUGUGGACACAGGAGAGGUUCCUCACCAGGUGAUCUUACCAGCCUUGACUCUUGUCUAUUUUUCCAUUCUCUGGACACUAACCCACGUAUCUGGAUCAGAUGCUUCCCAGAAGCAGCUGUUGAAUUUGAAGGGCAGGAUGGUGGCCUUCUGUGAACUCUGCCAGAACUGCCUCUCAGAUGUGGAUCCUGAGAUUCAGGAGCAGGCUUUUGUAUUGUUAAGUGAUCUGCUGCUCAUCUUCGGCCCUCAGAUGAUUGUCGGGGGACGAGAGUUCCUUAGGCCCCUUGUCUUUAUUCCUGAAGCCACUCUCCAGUCUGAGCUGGCCAGCUUCCUCAUGGACCACGUCUUCAUCCAGCCUGGAGGACUGGGCAGUGGUCAUUCCCAGGAGGAUCAUUUACAGAUAGAGCAGCUGCACCAGCGGCGCCGCCUCCUGGCUGGGUUCUGCAAGCUGUUGCUUUAUGGGGUGCUGGAGAUGGACGCAGCCUCGGAUGUUUUCAAACACUACAACAAGUUCUACAAUGACUAUGGUGACAUUAUCAAGGAAACGUUAACUAGAGCAAGGCAGAUUGACCGAAGUCACUGUUCCCGAAUCCUGCUGCUGAGCCUCAAGCAGUUAUACACAGAACUGCUGCAGGAACAGGGGCCCCAGGGCCUGAAUGAGCUUCCAGCCUUCAUCGAGAUGAGGGACCUGGCCAGGAGGUUUGCCUUGAGCUUUGGACCCCAGCAGCUACAGAACCGUGACCUUGUGGUCAUGCUACACAAGGAAGGCAUCAGGUUCUCCUUGUCUGAGCUUCCUCCAGCUGGCUCCUCCAGUCAGCCCCCAAAUCUGGCAUUCCUGGAGCUCCUUUCAGAGUUCUCCCCCCGACUCUUCCAUCAGGACAAGCAGCUGCUACUGUCCUACCUGGAAAAGUGUCUGCAACGUGUCUGCCAGGCACCUGGCCAUCCCUGGGGUCCAGUCACCACCUACUGCCAGUCCCUCAGCCCUGUAGAGAGUACAGCAGAGGCCAAUCCUCAGGGCUACCCCCGCUCCAAGAAGAGGCGCAUUGAAGGCCCCUCCAGGCGGCACAGAGAGGACAUCUCUGCAUCACAGGAGGAAAGCCUACAGCUGAACAGUAUCCCACCCACACCCACCCUCACCUCAACGGCUGUGAAAAGUAGGCAGCCCCUGGGGGGAUUGGAAGAGAUGGAAGAAGGCGGCGGCUCAGAAUUGGCAUUUACCCAAGGCCAGCCCCUUUUAGGUGCCCAGAGGUUAAGGUCCUCGAGUCCACAGCAUUUCCAGACUCCACUCAACUCUUUGGGUCCUGGUCUGGGCAGCCGGCUGACCCGGCUCAGCCUGAUGGAAGAGGAUGAAGAAGAAGUAGAAAUUCAGAAUGACUCAAGUGAAGAGUGGCAAGGUACAGGCAAGCAGUCUUCCCCCAGUGAGCACGGGCUGGACCUCUUAGAUUUUACAGAGCUGAACACUGAGGAUUUCUGACAUGAUCCUAUGUCCCUCCCCAUCUCCACUCCCCAUCUCCACUCCGCACCUCUACGACAUGACCACUUGGAAAAGGCCAAUGGGAAACGGAGCAAAAGGAAUCAUCACUUCCCCUUCCCCUUCCCCAGGGGAAGGAGAGGUGGGCUGUGCCUUUCUAACCUGACCUUUCUCUGACUGACCUUUCUCUGAUGCUGCUAGGAUAGAGCAGUCAUAAGCCCCCUGUCCUUCCUGGUGCACCAUGGCUCUGUCCCUCUGUUUGAGCAGAGUGCCUAUUUUCUGCUGUUUGGAGGGGUGGGAGCUUCGCCUCAGUAUUGGAGAGGGGCACUGCCUGUGUUGAAUGGAAGGAGCCCAUUAGUUUUUCUGUAUUUUGGGAAUGUCUUUCCUAGCCUCUUUU